AUGUCUGAGAAAAAACCAAAAUGGCCGUAUCCGAGAAUAGAUUACUAUCCUGGAAAGUUCGAGAGGUUUUCUUACAGAACUUAUAAUUGGUUUGAAAAUCGCCUCUGGCCAAUUCGGCCGGUUCCAUUCCUCGCUCUUAUCACUACUGCCACUGGUUAUCAACUCAAAGAUAUUAAUGUUCAACUUUUUCAAACCAAUCUUCACGUUAUUCUAAAACCAUUGGCAAUCUCUAUUGGUUCAGCUUAUGCUUGUGUUUUCCUUCUGCGUCGUUUUCUCAAAUACUUCUUCUUUUCUUACAAAGGAUACCUGAAAGAGAACCCAAAGAAGCCAUCUUACUUUACCAUUAUUUGGGGUGCCCUCCGGAAGGUUCUUCUCAAAAUAGCACCACCUCAAUUAUCUUCAUGUGAUCGUCUACUUCCGAAUCUUCCACUCCCAAGUCUAGAUGAUACAGUCGAAAGAUACUUGGGUUCGAUGAGACAUUUCACCCCCGAGGAAGACUACAUUCAACUGAUCAAAAUAUCAAAUAAGUUUUUGUCAUCCGAAGGACGAACACUACAACGAUUCGCGUGGCUCUUGCAUAAAUUCAGCGAGAACUAUGUGACUCCAUUCUGGGAAAAGUAUAUUUACUAUGCAGGACGAUAUCCUUUGGCUAUUAAUAGUAGCAUUGCUCAAUGUGUUAUGUAUGGAGAUAACGAUCUUACACAGAUAUAUCAAGUGGCCCGACUACUGUAUAUUGAGACACUAGCAAAUUUAUCGUUGGACAGACAGAAAUAUUUGGCAGUUGGAGAAGGAUUAUUAUCCACAAGACACUACAGAAAUAUCUAUAAUGGAUGCAGAGUUCCAGGAAAAGACUAUGAUCAUUUUCAAUGGAAUCCGCCAAGUAGGCACGCACUGGUCGUUCAUAAAGGAACUUGGUACAAAGUGGAUACUUGUGAUAAAAAUGGGAAGCUUUACAGUGUCGAUGAUUUGGUGAAGUUUCUAUGUUCUCAAAAAGACUUGAUCCGCCGAAACGGUUCUGUUCACCCAGACGACGCAGUCUAUCUCCAGAGAGAUCUUAUGUAUUUCGGUCUAAAUGAUCAUGAUGAAAAUGGUGCGGAUGUUUCAAAAAGAUCACUUGAUUCCAGGAUUGUCUCUGAAAUGAUGAAUCGAAACGAUAAAUCAACUGGAUUCAUGUCAAAAAUAGCCAGUCUAACUACGGAUCGUCGUACCGAAUGGAGCAUCAACCGACAGAAAUUCUUCCUGGAGAACAGAAACAACAAGAAACUAUUGAAUGUCAUAGAAACUGCUCAGUUCGUCGUUUCAGUAGAUGAAACGGAUGAAUGGGGUGUGGAAACAGUGGAGAAAGCAUCUAGAUACAUGAAAGAUAUGAUAACAGGAGAUGGUACGAAUCGGUGGUUCGAUAAAACAAUGAAUUAUGCAGUGUGUGCCAAUGGAAGAGGCGGAGCAACUGGCGAGCAUUCUCCAUGUGAUGGAGCAGAACUUGAUCAUUUAUGUGAGAAUUUUUUGAACAUUGACAAACAGAUUCUGGAGUCGCCGAGUCGAGAGGAACAAUUAGAAAACGAAAAAGUAUUGGAUGAGGACAGAAAGACUUUAAAAUUAGCAGAAAAGUUGAAUUUCGAAAUUGUGGAUGGAAUGGAAUCGGAAGUUGAAAGAUGCUUUGAGUCGCACUUGAAAGCAACUAAAGAUCUUCAUAUGCAUUCAAUGAUAUUUUUGGAUUUUGGAAAAGGAAAACUGAAAACUUGUGGAAUUUCGCCAGAUGGAUUCGUGCAAAUGGCUAUUCAGUUGGCUUAUUACAAAGACCAAGGGAAGUUUACUAUGACUUACGAGCCUGGAUCAGUACGAUUCUAUGCCAACUCCAGGACGGAAACAUUGAGACCAGUCACUGAAGCUUCUUGCGAAUUCGUAAAAGCUAUGCUGGACGAGAAAUCCGAGAAAAAAAUCAAACGGAAACUUCUGAAGGAAGCAUGCGAAGUUCAUGUUAAUAACUGCAAGGAUAUAAUGAUGGGAAACGGAGUUGAUCGUCAUCUCUUCGUACUAUGUGUUUUGGCAAAAGGUCUUGGAUAUUCAAGCCCAUUCCUUGAUUUUUAUUCCAGUCAAAAAUGGCUUUUGAGCACGAGUAAUAUUCCCAACAUGACAAAUUCAAUUGAUGAAGACUCCUCGGUGAACAAUAUUAUGCUCGGUGGAUCAUUCGGAGCAGUUGCUCAAGAUGGAUAUGGAAUUUGUUACAGAUUUGGGGGAAACCAAGCUAUUUUAGUGCACAUCACUUCGUAUCACUCAUCUGAAGUGACGGAUUCCGAUCGAAUGGGCCAGCACUUGAAAGAAGCUUUUCAUAGUUUAGUCGAUUUGUUUGAUGAAUAG